CUUGACGUAGGAAACUGGGAGAGGCGGGGCUUGUGGUUCGUGUUAAGUCUCCAGUGUAUCACCGACAGAGCCGGUUUGUCUGUCUUUCAUUCAUCACCGGAACUGUGCAGCUCGUGCAUCAGCCGUGGUACCGUCUACCAUCCUGUCUCCUCCGACCACCGACACCAAGGACACCACCGUCGGCCAUCAUCCGCGGCGGGGCUGCGUUGGAAAAAUGACAUGGAGCCUGCUAUCGCGCAACAGAGUGGUUUGCUUAUGUGUUUGCGUCAGCAUGGAGCCUACUGGUAUGAAGCACUGGAGCCAAGGAUCGAACCCAGGAGACAUGAAUGAUUUUGGUGUCCAUGUUCUCAUCACACCAACAGGAUAAUCUUCUGAAGACAUGUUAUUUCAAGAUGAAGAUUGAUACCAGCCUGACUAUGCUCCAGCUCCCAGAGGCCCUGUCCCAGGCAGGCCUUCAGUUUUCUGUGGCCACUGAAGAGGACUUUGAUGAGAUCAUGGCUAUGAGCCAGGACAUCUAUGGGGGCCUUGACUACCUGCCCACUAGGUACACCAGCUGGCUGCAGGAGACCAACCGCACAGUCAUAUUGGCCCGCAAACAGGGAAAAGUGAUUGCUCUAGAAUCGGUGUGCGUGAUUGACAAUGGGGAGACUAUGCUGGUGGAAGGUCUGCGUGUCGCCCCUCAAGAAAGGGGCAAGGGUGUAGCAGGAGUUCUACUGCGCUUUUGCUCUGAGCUGGUGAAAUCCAAGUACCCAGAGGUCAAAGUAAGCCGUUUGACCCGUGAUGAUCAGCUUGGACCCAAGGAUUUCCAGAAGUAUCGCCUUAUAACCAAGCAGGGUAUUCUGCUGGUGCGCUUCAGAGCUGAAGACCUCAAGCUCCGUCUGUCUGAGCUUGGUCUGGGUGCAAAUAUCCAAUCCUCUUUGUCCACCUCCAACUCUUCUCCGGUACGUCUUGACCAUACAGCUAUCCACCGGCUGUAUCUGACCACUGACCUGAUGCAGGGGGUCCUUCCUAAUGCAACCAUCAUUCAAGACUGGCAGCCAUUCAAGCCUUUGCCCAGUAACAUGGCCAUCCUACUGAAGAAGGAUAUUGACUGGAUGGUGGAUGAUGUGUCCAACCCUACUGUGGCCAGCCUCUGUACCUUCCCUUUCAGGGUGCCCAUUGGAGAUGACUGGUAUUACCUGAACAUUGACAUGUUUGGUAAAGACCUUGACCUGGCCCGGCAGCAGUUCUUGUGCCACCUGCAGCGCCACACUGCCACCCUGAUGGGUCAUGUGAUGUGCCAGAUGUUCCUGGACCCACCACUCUGGAAGCCCAUGGCUGAAUUCUGCCACCACACCUUGAGCGUGGAGCUGGUGAAGGAGUACACCGAGCAAUGCGUGGUGGAGUCAGACAUCGUGUAGUUACAGAAGGUGGAUGGAAAGGAGUAGAAGAUGAAGGAGCCAGAACGGAAUGAAGACAAGGGCCUAGACAACAAGGAAUGGACACAACUCAAUUACACUUAACAGAAAAACAUAAUCCUUUGUACUGAGGGAUAGGAACCAAGCAAACGAAAUGUAGUUUCUACAAAACAAAUCAACUUUUAAGAGUGCAGUACGUUAGAUUCAACACAAACAAAUACAGGGGGUGGACAUACAAUUUUGAAUACAGUACAUAAUGUAAUCAGCUUCAGUAGGUCUGUUACAAAUAUAUUUGUAAUGAUUACAAUAAUAUACAAUUAGUGUCAGAGAUGUGGUGAUACAACUUUACAGUCAUCUCUAAGUACCAAUCUUAAGGCCAUAGCUUAGAGGUGUACUUAUAUGCCCCCAGUAUAAAGAAAGAGGUGAGACUAAAUAAUGGAAAACUGCUUCCUGGGUCAAAACAUUUGGACUGGAUCCAAAAUGGACCCAGACCCAAAAUUCAUAAAUAAGCAAGAAAAUACAGAGUCUUGCAAUUCCAUUGAAAGAAAGUUUUUGGUCCAAAGCAUCAUUCUUAUUUAUGCUGAUGUGACUAGACAUGAAUACAGUCCAAAGCAACAAACUACAACCUAUAGCCUCAAAACUGACCGUAGAGUUGAAUCACCACCUUGUUAGCUUAUCUUGAAUUUAACUUUGAUUAAAAGUAUUACAGUCUUUUUGGUUAUUAUGUCCACCCUCUGUAUGUUGUAUGGCAUGGAGAGGUGUAGUAGGAGUGACUGAACUUGGAGAGGCUUUCUCACACCGGUAGCAGUGUUGUAACCUAAAACCUAAAAACAGUCAACAUGCAAAUGCUAUUCUUUUACGAAAAUUUUUUAAGUACCCUUAGGGCAUCAAAAACCUUUUGCCUCUGUUCUUUCUGUAAAUAUGAACCUUCAAAGUAUGUACACAAGCUGAGUUGGGUUACUAAAUCUGCACAACUCUGAAGGCACUUUAUUAAAACUACAUAGACAGGUUGUGUCUAAGUUAGAAUGAAAAGGAAUAGUUCAGGAUCAAAUAGGGGUACUUCACAGAUCCCAUCUAUUAACUAGUAUUACCAUAGGAACAUCAAAUCUCUGCAGAAACAACCAACAAAGCCUGCUACUGAAAUGAACAUGCUCAGUCACAAAAUGGCUGACAAUUUAUCCUUUGUUAUGGUCAGGCUUAUGUCUUAGCAUUUUUCUUUUUAUUGUUUCAACUCCUUUACUGUAUAUAUAUGUUACUAAUUUAAUAUUUUCACUUAAAUGCUGCAAUAAAAUUUUAACAGAAAUUAUUAACUUCUGAAGCUGAAAGUAAAAUCUAGGCUUACUUUUGUAGAUUGCUAGCAUAAUGCCAAACAAAAUGCUAAUGCUUGAAAAUGUUUAACAGACUACUGUGCAGUUUGCUACUGACUUCAUCUUAUGCAGGGAGGAGUAGAGUGAAUAUAACUGUGUUAGAUUUAACACAACUAUACUGAUAUGUUUUAACCAUCACUAAUAUUAGCCGGUAAACGCCUUUUGAAAAAUAGUGUUCCCUGUGAAAAUAGAAGACCAAUGUUGGUCAGGUUCGGCCAUUUUAGAGCAAACAAAUCUCUAGUUUACUGUACAGACAUGAAGGGAAUACAGUGGAUUAUACCAUGGCCAAGGACUGUACCAAUUUCCGCACAACAGGCACAUGUCCAUUAAAAUGCUAACUGCAUGGCUAUUGGGAUGUCCGUCAGUAUGUUGGCCCACCACUUUUGUCCAACUGAAAUGUCUUGACAAUAACUGGAUGGAUUGUCAUGAAAUGUGAUACAAACAUUCAUGGACCCAAGAAGAUGAAUCCUAAUGACUUUGGUAAUCCCCUGGCUUUUCAUAAUGCCACCAGUAGGUUAACAUUUUACUUAUGCAGUGAAACAUUACAUCUAUAACACAAAUCAGCCCUUAGUUUAAUCCAAAAUUUGGUUCGGACAUCCAUGUUCCCCUCAGGAUAACUGUAAUAACUUAGUUGAUCCUCUUAAUUUUCAUUUAGGGCUAUCAUCUGGUCAAAAUUUCUAUUUGUCUACUUCUUUGGUUUAUGACCGAAUAACUGCAAAAUUAAUGGCUUUCCCAUCAGCCUCAGCUCUAUUUUCACUUAUUAGCAAAUGCUAGUUUAGUGUAACAUGCUAAACUACGAUGGCAAACACAAGAAACAUUAGACCUGCUAAACACAGAGUGUGUCUCAGAUUGCAUACUUUGAUUAGUACACUUCAAUUACAUUCAUUUAAAUUCAAUUCAAUUCAGUUCAGUUAUAUUUAUAAAGCUCAAUAUCAAAAAUCACAAUUUGCCUUAGAGGGCAUUACAGCAUACGACAUCCCUCUGUCCUUUGACCCGUACAGUUGAUAAGGAAAAAUCCCCCCCAAAACACCCUUUAAUGGGGAAAAACAAUGGUAGAAAUCUCAGGAAGAGCAACUGAGGAGGGCUCCCUCUU